AUGGUCUACCUGGGAAUAUCUUUUCUAGCCUUGCAAACAUGGGUUCCCAGCUACCUCUGCGGCAUGUCGACUUCAGCAUUUGCGGCAGUCUUUAGAUAUGGUAACGCGCAGGACACGAUUCUCGCCGCACCUUAUCUUGAUACGGCAGCAGAUCGGGUGGUAUGGGACGCACGGCUGGACGUCUCACAGCUCGAUGCCCCGCGACUUUCCUGGAUCUCCCUCACGUCCUCGCUCUUACAGCUUUCACUCCUCUUUGUCGCCACGAUGAUAGCUGUCUCAGCAGCAAUCCCUCUGGAUGCGCUUCAGAGGGUUACCAUUGCUCUUUGGAUACUUGGCGUAUUCCUCACUUCCAUCUUCCUUAUUGCCUUGAAUUCAAAGAAGGACCCCACCGAGGCUACUGAUGCCAUCAAAGCGUACUUCAAAUUCUUCUAUGCGUGCUUCGUGAAACCGCAUACAGGCGAUGGAACCGGCAGCCAACAAGAUGCCCUUGAAAGCUUCUACAAGGCGCAAGCUGAAGUCUACGAUUCCACUCGCUCAAGGCUACUUCAUGGUCGCAAGGAUAUGCUGGGCCUCGUUGCAGCUCAACUUGAACAUCGGAUAAAGGCAGGACUUAUCAACAACAAGCCAGUCUGGGUAGACAUUGGUGGCGGCACAGGGCACAAUAUUGAGCAAAUGUCCGCGUUUCUCUCUGUACCCGAGUUCUUCAAAGCCGUUUAUGUCGUGGACCUCUCUCCGAGUCUUUGCGAGAUGGCAAGGAAACGAUUUGAACGUCUAGGCUGGAGCAACGUCAAAGUCAUUUGUCAAGAUGCUCGAGCAUUCCGUCUCCACAAACACGAACAAGAAGCCCUCCAACGAAAGGAAGUCGUCCUCAAGGGCCAAACCGUCCGCGACCUGGACGAAAAUGCGGAUGUGGGCGGCGCUGAGCUCGUGACUAUGAGCUACGCGCUCUCCAUGAUUCCGGAAUUCUACCCGGUCAUCGAUUCGAUAUCGUCGUUGAUUUCUCCUAACGCUGUCAUUGGUGUUUGCGACUUCUAUGUUCAGAAUCAGGUCGACUAUCAGAGCCGAAACUAUACCGGAGGUGUCAUUGAUAGGCACUGCAUGUGGAUUUCAAGGGUCUUUUGGCGAACGUGGUUUGAGAUUGACCGCGUGAAUCUUGAAGCAGCUAGGAGGGAUUACUUGGAAUACCGCUUUGGAACGAUACUUGGCAUCAACGCCCGCAACCACUUCUUUGGCGUGAGAUUACCUUACUACAUCUGGAUCGGCUGCUCUAAAGAUAGCGGUGCGUCGACCACGAGGCUGGCUGAAAUCGAUGCUGCUGCUACGGAAUCUCCAUACCUAUCCGCACUUGACCUCCAGACUGGGCCAACACCUAGAGAUGUAGGACUCCAUUCCAAGGCCUAUGAAUCAGCCAUAGUCAACUUGCAGUCCAGCCUUCCUUUGCCAGCGACAUGGUAUCAGAAUCAUCACUGGAGGAUACACCAUGACGAAUCUCUCCCGAAACACGUGCGAUUCAACAACAAAUACAUCUACGCGUUCACGUGGGAGGAUAGCCGCGCUGAUGCUCGCAUCCUAAGAGUACGACCCGACGACGUCGUGCUGGCUAUCACAAGUGCUGGAGACAACAUCCUGUCAUUCGCAUUAGAGAAGCCAAGGCGUAUACACGCUGUUGAUCUGAAUCCUUCGCAAAAUCACCUUCUCGAACUGAAAGUAGCAGCAUUCACAGCCCUAGGCUACUCUGACGUCUGGAAGCUUUUCGGCGAGGGAAAGCAUGAGUAUUUCCGCGACAUCCUAAUCAACAAACUUAGCCCGCACAUGUCCAGUCUCGCCUUUCAGUUCUGGCUCCAAAACGGCGCCUCUUCCUUCACUAAGAGCGGCCUGUAUUAUUCUGGCGGCUCUGGACAUGCGCUCCACCUUGUCGGCUGGCUCUUCAAGGUGCUUGGGCUCUCAGAGGAAGUGAAGAAGCUCUGCGAAGCCCAGACGUUGAACGAGCAGCGUGAGGUCUGGCAGCAGAGUAUCCGCAGGGUGCUCCAUAGUCGGAUAUUGACGUGGGCGGUUAUUGGGAAUGAAAAGUGGCUGUGGAAGGCGCUUGGUGUGCCCCCGGCCCAACGGAAUAUCAUUGAGCAGGACUAUAUUCAUCAGGAUAAUGCAUCGAAGAUUGGCGUUAUUGGUUCGGGGCAAGCCAUUUACGAGUAUGUCCUGAACACUUUUGAGCCUGUCGUCAACACCACCCUUAUGAGCGACGACAACCACUACUACCUCCUCUGUCUUCAGGGCAAAUACUCUCGAAAAAGCCAUCCAGAGUACCUCACUCCAAAAGCACACAUCAAGCUCUCGAGGCCGGACGCUUUCGAUGGACUUAGAAUCCACACUGAUGAGAUCAGCGAAGUCAUUACUCGCAUGCGACCUGGUACGCUCACUAUCGUCGUUGUCAUGGACUCCAUGGACUGGUUCCCACCGAAUGGUCAGCAUGCUGUUCGCCAGAUCAGGGCAUUGAAUCGAGCGAUGAAGCUCAAGGGACGUGUGCUGCUCAGAUCUGCGGGAUUGAAACCGUGGUAUAUUGAAAAGUUUCAAGAGCUAGGAUUUACGACCAAGAGGGUGGCGGCUAGGUUGCCGGGGACGUGUAUUGAUCGCGUUAAUAUGUACGCAUCAACGUGGAUUUGCACCAAGGACGUAUCGUUAGAGCCGGAACAGGUCAAGGAAGGCCUGCGGAAAGCAUCGUAUAGUUCGUUAGAGCAGCUGAAGAUAUGA